GAGCUCUCGAAGGCGCGGCUCUCCGGCUUCGUCGCGAUGACGUGCUCCAUGGGCUUCGCGGCGACGGGCGCGCCCGUGCUGACGGCCGACGCCGCCCUCGCGACCUACGGCGUCUUCGCGACGUCGGCCUGCGCGAACACGCUGAACCAGAUCUACGAGAUCCCGCGCGACUCGCGGAUGGCGCGGACGGCGCACCGGCCGCUGCCCAGCGGCCGCUGCAGCACGCCCGAGGCGCUCGCCUUCGCCGGCGUCACAUCUGUCUCCGGCGUCGCGGCGCUCGCGACCCUGUCGCCGACGGCCGCGGCGCUCGCGGCCGCGAACAUCGGCCUCUACUCCGGCGCCUACACGAUGAUGAAGCCGCGGUCCGAGUGGAACACGUGGGUCGGCGCCGCCGUCGGCGCCGUGCCGCCCUUAAUCGGCUGGGCCGCCGCCGGCGGGUCCCUCCCCUGGCUCCUCGCGGGCAUCCUGUACCUCUGGCAGUUCCCCCACUUCUUCGCCCUCGCCUGGGUCCACAAGGCCGACUACGCCAAGGGCGGCUUCGCGAUGGUCCCCGUCCGCGACAAGGCCGGCCACCGCACCGCGUCGUUGAUCGGCCGCUACGCGGUCUACUCGACGGCGCUGCCGGUCCUCGCCUACGCGACGGGCGCGACGUCGGCCAUGUUCGCCCUCGAGGGGACGGCGCUGAACGCGGCGCUUCUAGCGGCCGCGGCGAAGUUCCACGGCCAGCGGACGACGGCGAACGCGCGCUUGGUCUUCCGCGCGACGCUCCUCUACCUGCCGCUCAUACUUUUCUUCUUCGUGCUCCAC